CGUGCUGUCUCUGUCCCCUGGGGGACCCUCCCUCCCUUCCUCCCUCCCUUUCCCCUGUUCUUCCAGGCUCAGUUUUCACCCGCCUGCCUCUCCCCUGCUCUCUCCAGACGGCUGCAAGCUUCCCUCUGCCCGGAGGCGACGGAGCGCUCUUUCACAGAGGAAGACUCUGCUCCAUGGAGAAGGAAAUCCCCGGGUGAUUCUGCGACCCCAGAGGAGCCGACCCAUGCCCUGCCUCUGCCUUCCUGCUCACGGGUGCUACCAGGCUGGCCGUGCCCUCCCUCCAGCAUCAUCAAGGCUGCCGGCAGCACAGAUGCACCCCUGACCUGCGUUGGAGCUCCUUGUUGGACUGCAAACUUCCCCCCACGCCGGCCGGGCGUCCGUCGUGGGGGCAUGAGCAUGAAACCCAGGGCAGGCCUCGGCUCCCUCCUGCUCUCCCUGUGCUUCUCAGGACUCCCCCUGCUACCAGGCUGCCUGGGCGCCCAGGGGAGACUGGCCUACAAGCUGCUCAACGACCUGUUUGCCAACUACUCCAGCGCCCUGCGGCCCGUGGAGGACACGGACCGGGCUCUGAACGUCACCCUGCAGAUCACGCUCUCCCAGAUCAUCGACAUGGAUGAGAGGAACCAGAUCCUGACGUCUUACCUGUGGAUCCGGCAGGUGUGGGUGGACGCUUACCUGACCUGGAGCAAGGACGAUUACGACGGGAUCGACAUCCUCCACAUCCCCAGCAGCUACGUGUGGCGCCCCGACAUCGUCCUCUACAAUAAUGCCGACGACCAGUUCACGGGCUCCAUGGAGACCAACGUGGUGAUCCGCCACGACGGCAAGGUGAUGUGGGACUCGCCGGCCAUCACCAAGAGCUCGUGCAAGGUGGACGUGUCCUACUUCCCCUUCGACGGGCAGCAGUGCCGCCUCACUUUCGGCUCCUGGACCUACAACGGGAACCAGAUCGACCUCCGCAACGGGAUGGACACGGGCGACCUCACCGACUUCGUGGAGAACGUGGAGUGGCAGGUGCUGGGCAUGCCGGCCCGGCGCAACGUGGUCACCUACGGCUGCUGCUCGGAGCCCUACCCCGACGUCACCUACACGCUCAUCCUCCAGCGCCGCGCCUCCUUCUACAUCUUCAACCUGCUGCUGCCUUGUAUCAUGAUCUCCUUCCUGGCCCCGCUGGGCUUCUACCUCCCGGCCGACUCCGGGGAGAAGGUGUCCCUGGGCGUGACCGUCCUGCUGGCCCUCACCGUCUUCCAGCUGCUGGUGGCGGAGAGCAUGCCGCCCUCCGAGAACGUGCCCCUCAUCGGGAAGUAUUACAUCGCCACCAUGACCAUGAUCACGGCCUCCACCGCGCUGACCAUCUUCAUCAUGAACAUCCACCACUGCGGCCCGGGGGCCCGGCCCGUGCCCCACUGGGCUCGGAAGCUCAUCCUGCACUACAUGGCCCGCGCUUUCUUCGUCUACGAGGUGGGCGAGAGAUGCAAGAGCCCCUCGCGGGAGCCGGACGCCCUGCCCAGGGUGCAGGUGGGGAAUGGCCAGGACAGGGCGCUGCCGUCCGAGCCCGGCGGCCCCUCGGGCUGGCAGGAGACGGGCAAGUACGUGAACUUGGAGAAGGGUGGCAGGGCGGAGGGGCCCGUGCCGCGGUGUCUGUGCCACCAGGACAGCUUGCUGCGCAACGUGGAGUACAUUGCCAACUGCUUUCGGGACCAGAAGGCCUCUCAGCGGCGGGCUGGGGAGUGGAAAAAAGUGGCGAAGGUGAUGGACCGCUUCUUCAUGUGGGUCUUCUUCCUCAUGGUCUUCUUCAUGAGCGUGCUCAUCAUGGCGAAAGCUGCCUGAAGGGCCCCUGCAGCACCUAGGACUGCUGCCCUGCCUUGUCCGCCCACCCCCUUGCAAACCUUGCGCUCCUUUUUCCUGGUGGAGACUGAUCCUUGGGAGGACUGUAGACUGAUUGCAAGCAGCAGGUCCUGCCUCCAGGUGCUGUGCAAGGCGAGGCCAAGUCCCAGGUGUGUGCAGAAGCCCCUGAGGGCAAAGCCAUGUACCUGCUCGCAGGUACCCCCAUUCCCCUCUGGAUGGGGAGCACCUAGCUCUGGCUUGGGUACCAGGGCUGAGCCUGAGAUCCCACAGCGUUGUCCUGCACCUGGGGCAGCUACUGGGAAGUAAGGCAUCAAAAUAAAUCCCCUGGAAGCUCCAUGCAGGGCCCCAUGGGGGUUUGCAACCCGAAACAAGUAAGCAUCUUGCAAAUGCUUCCAGGCUUAAGAAGUGUUUAGAGACUGAA